AUGACCGCUGGAUCAAAACCAGGCCCCUUCAUCUCAGAACAACCAUACACAGCUCCAGACUACCCAGAUAUAUCCGGCCCAAGCACCCACACUAAUUCCCACAUAAGCCUCCACCACCGCAAUGAACCCAGUCAUGAAAGACCGCAAUCAGUUUUCGAAAUAAUCGAGCCUCCCGCCCAGCUGUCGGCCAUAACAACCCACACAACGCAUAUCCGCGACUCUGGACCUGACGACACAUUCCCCGACGGCGGAACCCGCUCCUGGCUCGUCAUAGCAGGGUCUUUCUUCCUCCUAAUGGCAAGCUACGGAAUGAUGAACUCAACUGGUGUCCUCCAAAGCUAUUUUGCAACACACCAGCUCUCAAAAUACUCCACCAGUGCCAUAGGCUGGAUCCCCGGCUUAUUCACUUUCUUUGGACUUGUCCUUAGCGUUCAGAUCGGCCCUAUUUUUGACCGGUAUGGGCCUACCGGCAUCCUCAUCACUGGAACGGGGUGUUAUGUUGCUGGGUUAUUGCUGUUGGCGGAGUGUACCCUUUACUGGCAUUUUAUGUUGACACUUGGUGUGCUUACGGGUACGGGUGCUGCGUUGUUGAGUACGGCUGCGAUGGCUGCUGUACCGCAGUGGUUUGAUCGGAAGGUUGGGAUGGCGUUGGGGACUGCGAUGGCUGGGGCGGGGCUUGGAGGUGUGAUGUUUCCGCUUGUUUUGAGGGUUGCGUUUACGCGGCUUGGGUAUAAGUGGGCCAUUCGGAUGCUGGCUUUGAUGGUUGCUGUUAUGUGUGGGCUAGGUAUUUUGUUAGUGAGAUCGAGGUUGCCGAGGGGAAGGAGUAGGUCGACUAUUAAUUUGAGGGCUUUCAAGGACACGAGGUUUACUUGGUUGACGCUGGGGACUUUCAGUUUGGAACUGGAGGUAUUCGCUGGUCUGGGUUUAUAUCCCACCUAUGUGGUGAUGCAGGGAUUCAGUACCGCUACCAGUAUCAUUCUCUUGUCAACUCUAAACGUGUAUGAGGCGCUCUCCAUUCCGCAGAUCUGUGUCUCCGAUCCUAACGUUAACAGGUUCUCCACCCUCGGCCGACUAAUGGCCGGAGGUAUCGCCGAUAAAUACGGCAGAAUCAAUACACAAACCGGACUUAUCUGCCUCGGUGUAAUCGCAAUUUUCGCCAUUUGGUUACCAUUUGGAAACACACUGCCCGGGCUCUACAUGUUCAGCGCAAUCUUUGGACUGGCGUCAGGCUCUUUCUUGAGUCUCGCGCCGGCCUGCAUCGGGCAGAUAUCCAAGGCUAGUGAGGUCGGUGGCCGCUUUGGGAUUUGCUACUCCUGCGUGAGCUUUGCGACUCUCAUUUGUAUCCCGAUUGGUGGCGAGAUGCUCGAGCAGGUUGGUAAGCAGGCCAUGGUGGCGUACUUGGGGAGUGUCUUGAUAGUUGCAUUAGGCAUGUUCGUUAUGGCAAGAUGGGCGUGUCUAAGCUAUCGAUGGCGAUGGCAGGCUAAGAUCUAA